GCCGAUUAACCGGUUCGAUUCGAUUUCAUACAAAUGAUUAACCGGUUUCAAAAUUUUGAAAUCGUCCGGGCAGCCCUACUAGAAAAACCAUCAAAGUAAUAAUGACACGCAGGAUGACAAUAAUACUGGCAUAAAAAUCGCAUUCGUACAUGAGUUUAACUACGCCAACAACGAAAUAACGACGAGCGUCAGCAUGACGGACGAAUCAGAUACAGAAGUUGAAUGGCCAAAGAAUGAGGAAAAGUUUUACUAUGAUGCUAAGGAGUAUUGGUCGCAAGUUCCAACAACAGUUGACGGCAUGCUGGGAGGCUUUGAAAAGAUUUCACCAACAGAUAUUAACGGAUCAAAGGCAUUUCUUAGGCCAUUCUUGAAGAUUGGUAAAGGAAAGACAAAUACCCAUAGAGCGUUAGACUGUGGAGCAGGAAUUGGGCGCAUCACAAAAAGACUUCUUUUGCCCAUGUUUGAUACUGUAGACAUGGUUGAACUGAAUCAAAAAUUUCUGGAUUCUGCAAAAUCAUUUAUCGGACAGGAUGUCUCAAGAGUUGAUAGGUUCAUUUGUUCUGGAUUGCAAGACUUCACUCCAGAAGCUGGUCGAUAUGACUUGAUAUGGACCCAGUGGGUAUUGGGACACCUUACUGAAGACCAUUUAGUUGCAUUCUUCAAGAGAUGUAAAGCAGGUUUAGCAACAGAUGGACUUAUUGUUGUUAAAGAAAAUGUAAGUGGGUCGGAAAAAACAGAGUUUGAUGAGUUAGACAGUAGUUUUACAAGGUGUAAAGAGAGUUAUACUACUGCAAUGAGGAAAGCAGGCUUGACUAUACUGAAAGAAGAAAGACAAAAAGGUUUUCCAAAAGGAUUGUACUCUGUUUUUAUGUUUGCACUUAAAUAAUAUAGAUUGUGCCUUAGUUGCUUAAGGUUAUUCAGUGUUUUAAAUUAAAUGCUUUGCAAUGUAAUUAUUAUAGAAAAUAAGACUAGCUCCAGCCCAAAUGUUAGUUCUGUCAUAUAACGCAUAUAUGAAUUUUCAUCAUUAACAGUGGAAGUAACUCCAGCAGAUUGACAUUUUUAGCUCGACUAUUUGAAGAAUAGGGGAGCUAUCCUACUCGCCCCGGCGUCGUUAGCAUGAGGGUCACACAAAUGUUUUAAGUUUGCGUACCACCCCAAAUAUUUUCAAAGUCCAUUGAAAUAUUGCUUUGAUAUUUUGCAUACUUGUUUACCAUCAUGACCCCAGUCUGUAAAAAGAAGGAGGCAACUCUAUCAAGCAUUUUGACUGAAUUAUGCCCCUUUUCGACUUAGAAUAAAUGUUAAAGUUUGCAUACCACCCCAAAUGUUUUCAAAGUCCAUUGAGAUAUUGCUUUCAUAUUUUGCAUACUUGUUUACCAUCAUGACCCCAGUCUGUAAAAAGGAGGAGGCAACUCUGUCAAGCAUUUUGACUGAAUUAUUAUUAUGGCCCUUUUUGACUUAGAAUAUGCUUAUUGUAAUGUUAAAGUUUUACUCAUUGCUUAUAUUAUACUAUCAAGCACUGAGAAUAGUCGAGCGCGCUGUCCACUGACUAAUCCGUUACAAUUUGCUUCACACUUUGUACCAAUACUUUUUAAACAAAUUUUACCGAUUAGUUAACUACAUGGGGAGCGGUGGUCUAGUGGAUAAGGUGUCGGCCACUCAAUCCAGGGGUUGUGGGUUCGAGCCCCACUGGGGUCAUGACCAUGACUUCUCAUAUGACACCAGUACUGGUUUUUUCAGGAAGCGGACUCGAGAAUGGUUACAAUAAGCUUAAAGCUUUCAUCACAAUCGAGCUAAAACAAUUUAGUAUGAACUAAUUCUGUGCAGUAACUAAUCUUGUUAAUACACUGUUAUUCAUGUGCAGCAGUAUUUAAACAAUAAUUUAGACGACUUGGUAUUGCUACCAGAAACUUGUUUAGCCCAGAAUUUAUCAUUCUUGUUUCAAUCAUAAUAUUAUCUAAUUUAUUUAUUAUUUUUGGUAAGAAGACGUGUUAUACUAAAUGGCUAUAUAUGGUUUUCAUAUCACUGAAAUGCUCUUUAAGUACUGAAAAUGAGGUCCCAAGAUUUAAUUGUUUAAUAAUUAUAAUAUAUGAAACCAAAUGAUACCAAACAUUCUGACCAUGUUUUAUGAAGAUUGAAUAAAAAUUUGGCCCCUAGAGUGUAAACAAGCUUUUUCUUUGAUUUGACCUGGUGACCUAGUUUUUGUCCCCACGUGACCCAUAUUUGAACUUGACCUAGAUUUCACCAAAACAAACACUGACCGAUUCCCAUGAGUUUCGAACGUAAAUGUGGUCUCUAGAGUGUUAACAAGAUUUUCCUUUGAUCUGGCCUACUGACCUAGUUUUUAGCCCCACAUAACCCGAUUCGAACUUGGCCUAAAGAUCAAGAUAAACAUUCGGACCAAGUUUCAUGAAGAUAGGGUCAUAAAUCUGACCUCUGCAUUGUUAACAAGCUUUUCCUUUGAUUUGACUGGGUGACCAAGUUUUUGACCCCAUAUAACCCAGAUUCGAACCUGACGUAGAAGUCAUCAAGACAAACAUUCUGACUAAUUCUCAUGAGUUUCAAAUUUAAAAUGUGGUCUCUAGAGUGUUAACAAGAUUUUCAUUUGGUCUGGCCUACUGACCUAGUUUUUGACAUCAUAUCACCCAGAUUCAAAUUUGCCCUAAAGAUCAUCCAGACAAACAUUCUGACAAAGUUUCAUGAAGAUAGGGUCAUAAAUGAGCCGCUAGAGUGUUAACAAGCUUUUCCUUUGAUUUGACCGAGUGACCUAGUUUUUGACCCCACAUGACCUAGAUUCGAAGUUUGAUCUUUAAGAUCAUCAAGUCAAACAUUCUGACCAAUUCUCAUGAGUUUCAACUUAAAAUGUGGACUCUAGAGUGUUAACAAGUUUUUCCUUUGAUCGGGCAUAGUGACCUAGUUUUUGAACCCACAAAACCACCCAGUUUCAAAUUUGACCUAGAGAUCAUCAAGACAAACAUUCUGACCAAGUUUCAUUAAGAUUUGGUUACAACUGUGGCCUCUAGAGUGUUAACAAGGCAAAUGUUGACGCAUGACGACGGACGCCGCACAUUGACCGGUCCCAAUAGCAAACCUUGAGCUCUUCGUGCUCUGGUGAGCUAACAGUAGGAACAUUUGCACGUUUAGUGAUGACUGAAGCAAAGAUGUAAUCACGUUCAAUAAAAAGAAUGAAACUAUAGCCAUAUUAAAGUAAUAUACAUUCAGGACGAGUUUUUACAGUCGUUGUGUAUUAAUUACAGAAUAGGUACUGCAUACAUACUGGCAGAAACUGAGGAAUGAAUACUAGUACCUCUGAAAUUCUUUUACAACAAUGUUAUUUAUUAAAGAAAGUGAAUUAAAAAGCCAGGGCAUUUGUUUCCAUUGAAGGAAAUGAGUCGUUUUGCUUAUCAUUGUAAUAUCAUAGUAAUACUAUACCUUGCAAGGAUUUAAAUUGAACCACAUAACAACCAAUGACUUUGUAAUGUUAAGGAAAGUAAUGGUGUCAUUCAGUUAUGUGCAUUCUAUUUUUUAAAUGUAUCACUUCUUGUUACAGACAACAUUUUCUUUUCUCCAAAUAUCACACAUCGUGUUGAUCAGGUUAAGGUUUUAUUGUUUGUUUAAUAAUAAUUUAUAAUAAUUUUA